AUGGAGCGGUACCUGGCGUUUGCGAAUGCGAAUUUGGGCACAGCGGUUGCGGAUCCGAAGACGGCGGUGUGUCCCGCUUUGUCGGAGCGGCAGCUGAUUGCGACGUGUGUGAACCGACUCUGCGCUGCGGAUAAUGAUCUCGCUUCCAACGCUUUGACGUUCAAGGGGGCAACGGCGUUGCAAGCCCCAUCAAAAUCCGACUUGCAGAUUUGCGCGCUCGGGCCCGAGGCGCUGUCCGUGCAGCUCGCGCUGGAGAAUAAGAAAGCGCAAUUAACGUCGAUGGUGACCUCGCUCCCGAAAGUCUACGCCACGGCGAGCAAAGCAUUUGAUUACGUGGAGUCGAAAAUAGCGGAGCAGGCGACAAACAGUUUCAUGGUGUCAAUCCCAGGCCCAGGUGAUGGAACCAUGGUCACCUUCAACGCCGAGCCGAGUUCGGUCGGCGCGGACGGCGCAAAGUUCUCCGUGACCUUCGUGUUGCCGGCGAUCAUAUGCAGUGCCAAAGUAUCUUCCAUCCUAGUAAGUAUGAAUUGCAUAUACAAAUUUGCUCAGCAUGAGAACUGGAAUUUGUCAUGCUGCUUUACCUUAAGAACAAGAUUUGUCAUGCAUAACUGCAACUAGUAAUAGGACGAGUGUGAUACUUUUGCACAGGAUAAAUCACCGGAAUCACGCCGAGUAAUAGUUUCACCGUGGAGUUACUAACGAACAUCAUGAAAGACCCCUACAUCAACACGCUGCACAUCAGACUUUCCUCCCCCCAGGUCAAAACGGAAAUUCCGGGUUUGACGGUGUUUGAAUACCAGCUACCCCUUGGCGCCUUCUUCUGCCGGAAGUUAUGCAUUGCAAAAGUAUCGUACUAGUAUAAAUCGCAACGCAAAUUUUUCCAGAAGGAAAAAUGGAAUUUGUAAUGCUGAUUUCGCUAAGAAACAAGAUUUGUCAUGCAUGAUUGCAAUUAGUACGAGUGCGAUACUUUUGCACAGGAUAGAAGUUUUUCAACGACAACAUCCGACUCUGCUUGAUCUUCGCCGGAACAGCGCUGCAAAUUCGCGUCUACUUUGGGGAUGACGACGUCGCGUUCCGGAAAACGUUGGCGGUUGUGAACCUCUCAACCAGAACCUUGGUUUUGCUCCCCCCCGAAUCGCCCACGACGUUCGCCGACGGGUCGCAGGAUCUGCAGACCGGCGGUAAAGGCGGUUUAGUUUACGGCGC